AUGAGCGCGAACAUUCCGAUCAAGACGCUGCCCAGCGGAGCUGAGAUGCCAAUAAUUGGACUGGGCGUGUGUCUCUCCGAGCCUGGGGCCGAGACCUACAACGCCGUGCUGUCGGCGCUUAAACAAGGUUACCGCCACAUCGACACGGCCCAAUACUACGAGAACGAGGCCGACGUCGGCCGCGCCGUCCGUGACUCCGGGAUCCCUCGUGAAGAGAUCUUCGUGACUACCAAGCUCUUCAUUACCAACUGGGGCUACGAACAGGCUCUGGCGGCCACGAAGGAGAGCAACGAGAAGAUCGGGCUCGGGUACAUCGACCUCUACCUGCUCCACGCGCCGGGGGAUGUUUCCACGCAUGACGAGUCUUGGCGUGCGCUUGAGGAGCUCCACGAGCAAGGAAUCCUUCGGGACAUUGGCGUCUCCAACUUCAGCGAGGCUCACUUGGACAAGUUCCUGAAGACUGUCAAGGUGAAGCCCGCUGUGAACCAAGUGGAGCUGCACCCGUGGAUGAUGCGUCCCACGCUGGUCAAGUACUGCCAAGAGCACGGCAUCCUCCUGCAGGCUUACUCACCCUUGGCUCGAGCUCGCACGAUGAAUGACCCGACGCACCUCGAGGUCGCCAAUGAGGUGGGCGCUACGCCAGCGCAGGUGUUGGUGGCCUUCAGUCUGCCGAACGACUUCACGACGCUACCCAAGUCCGUGGACCCUGAACGCCAGAAGAUCAACCUCGACGGGGUGCAAGUCAAGUUGGACUCCGCACAGAGUGCCAAGCUGGCGGCGCUGGACGAGUACCUGGUGGUUGGCUGGGACCCUACGAGAGACCACGCAGUGUGA